AUGUCUCGCUCCCCGAGUUCAACCUCGUCCCGCGACGGUGGCUCCGUGACGCAAUACACGCCACCCACGAACUACGCUAUUCACAAGGAAUACGGAGGAUGGCCGAACUACAUGGCCAGCCACGGUCUCAAGCCCUGGGAUCUCGAUGAUGUUGAAGAAGGUCACCGCAUCGCCGACGAAUACCGCGCUAUGGACCGCGAGCGUUGGGAGGAAGAGAACGCUGGUGUGCACGCAUCGGGCUCCGACGAUGAAGACGAAACGUACUCCCGAGCCGCUGCUUAUGACUCAGAGGAGGAGGAGGAAUACGAUGCCACAACGGGCGAUCCCGUCUACGAUGACGAUGAUGAAGUUCCCUACGACUCGCCCUACUACGAUGACGAGGCGACUGACCAGGAGGGCCCUGCAUACUUUGAGGAAGGCGAGGAAGAGCAGGAGGACCUAGUCUCAAACGCUGCCGAAGUUGCCGACGACGAUGCUGUAUCGGACGUACCCGAGUACGCGUCGGAUACGGGGUACACGUCUCCCCAAGAGGAUGGCGAUGAGGAGUGUCAUGCGUACUACGAGGAGGACCACGCCGAGCCAGCUGCCGAUGUUUCCGAGGAGGAAGAUGUGGCGUCUGAUGUUCCCGAAUAUGCGUCGGAGGACGAACAGGAUCCGCAGGUAGAAGAGGACGCGGGCGAUCAGGACGAUCAGGACGAUGCUGCCUACUACGACGAUGUGCCGGGCGAAGAAGAUGCUGCUGAUAUUGUCGACGAUGCCGAGGUCGAUGUCAAUGAGGACGAGGUAGUGUCUGAUGGCGCGGAUUAUGCAUCGGACGGAGGGGAUGUCGAUGACUACGCCGACUACGAUGACUACGACGAUGGUGUUGAGGACGAUUAUGAUGGCUACGAAGACGAUGACGGCUAUGAUGACUACUGA